AUGGCGGGCCCGGGCAGCGACGGGGACCUGCGGCGCCUGCUGAAACUGCACCGCACCGAGAUCGCCAUGGCAGUGGACGACGUCUUCCCACUGCUGCAUGGCCUGGCUGACCACGAUGUCGUCCCUGACCACAUCUUCAAGGAGACGCUGAGCCGGGCGGAGCGGGAGGGCUCCCACCGCGCUUUCCACGCGCUGCUCACCUGGCUGCUGGGCCGCGACACAGCCGCCGUCCGAGACUUCUGGGCCGUCCUCUUCAAGGACUACAACCUGGAGCGGUACUCCCGGCUCCGGCCUCUCCGCGGCGCCUUCCCCAGAGAGGUGGAGCUGGGGCGGCAGCGCCGUGGAAGGCGUCUCUCCCCAAGCCCCACAGCACCAGCCCCACACAGACCCCAAGGCAAGAGGAAAGCUCCUGAGGAGCGGGACAAGGCCCGGGCGGCACAGCCCGCUCCACGGCACAGUGCCAGUCCUGGGCCCCUGGUGAAGGCAAAGACUGUGAAGAAGCCGGAGGGCACAGAUACCCCCCGCACCUCUCGUGCCAGCGGCAGCUCCAAGACAGGCAGCAGAGCCGGUGACAAGCCAUAUACCCCAACUGCCUGCGAGGAGCCAGAGGCCAGGAGCAGAAGCCACAGCCUGAAGCCCCCUGCCCAGCCCAAGGCAUGGCGAAGUAACAGGGAAUCCCAAUUGCACUCCCAGGGCCAGCUGCAAGCAGCCACUGUCUACAGCCAGGACCCUGUGCCCCACCAGGAGAACGAGGAUGAGUGUGCAGCAUGCGGUGAUGGUGGUGAGCUCAUCUGCUGUGACGGCUGCCCCAGGGCCUUUCACCUUGCCUGCCUGGUGCCCCCGCUGCCCCACGUCCCCAGUGGCACUUGGCGAUGUGGCUCCUGUGUGGAGAACGUGACUGAACCAGGCCAGCUGCUGGAGGCAGAUUUGCCUGUGGAGAGACCCCCUGAGAUCCUGGGGGAGGCGGCGCGGGACACCCAGCCGGGUGGAGUGGAGGGGAGCGUCUGCAGCCGCUGCUGCACCCGGAUCCCCACUCCCCACCACUGUCCUGCUCCCAGUGGGGACCCCAGGGGGCUACUGCUAUGCAUGUCCUGCACGGGCACCCUGGACACAGGCGGUCUGGGCACCACCGCAGCAGCUGGAGACCAACUGCUUCCAGCAGCCAAGGCAGAGGAUGGAGCCCUAGGCACUGACCCUGUGCUGAGCCGGGAGGAGCUUGAUGCGCUGCUAGGUGAGAGCACAUGGGAUGGGAUCUUGCACUGGGCGUUCCAGACCAUGGCACGGCCGCUCGCAGAAACACAGGGGCACCUCGCCUAG